AAUAAAAUAAAAUUGUUACUAUCGUCGUCGUGCCUGAGGACGCAAAAUUUUAUAUUUCUUGAAUUUGAAUUAAAACUUUAAUUUUUCUCUCUCAAAUAUGGGUCGCCGCUCGAUAAAUACCACUAAAAGUGGUAAAUACAUGAAUCCCACAGAUCAAGCCAGAAAGGAAGCCCGUAAAAAGGAAUUGAAGAAGAACAAACGCCAACGACAAAUGGUCCGGGCAGCUGUCCUCAAAAACAAAGAUCCCGGUCAGAUCCUAGAGGAAAUGGAGAAAAUUGACGAAAUGGAGUACAAUGUGAUGCAGCCAUCUCCAUUGAAUGAAAAGGUCCUGCGAGACAAGCGGAAAAAGCUUAAGGAAACCUUUGAUCGUGUCAUGCGUCUAUACCACACCGAUGAUCCAGAACAUUGGGCAGAGCUGAAGCGAAAAGAAGUGGACUAUGAAAAGAAGCGCCUGAAGAAACAGCAGUACUACGAGAGCGUGAAGCACGCUCAGAGCGUCCAAAUCGAUGAGAUUCCUCUUCCGGCUCAGGUAAAUGCAACGCCAGGAUUAGUUGUGUCAUUUCCUGGUCCUCCUAAUCGAUUUCCGCCGCCACCUGCCUCCUUGUCUCUACCACCAUUUGCACCUGGUGCUCCACCAGGAGUUCUUCGCAAACCAAAUGAUAUGCCAUCAAAACCUGAGGAAAAACUCGCAGAUUCGAAAAAACUCGACCCGCCUGGAGUACCUCCGGGUCCACCGCCUGAUUUACAUGAGUUUUCAGAUCUGGACACCGAUGCGGAGAACGACGAGCCACUUCUGAGGGAUCCCAUCAAGAGACCAAGAACAGUCUCCGGCACAGAUCCAACCAAAGGCAAGGACGGAGAAGAUAUCCCCAAACCGAAUGCCCUGCAACAACGGAUGCUGGCCAUUUCUGGUCAAAAUAUUGACGAAUUCAUGAAGGAAAUGGAGAAUGUCCACAAGAAGAAGGAGAAAGAACGCGCAGCCGGCCGCAAAGGCAGCGAAAGCGACACCAAAGACGACACCGAUGAGUCCGACGAAAGUUCCGAUGAAGAUAGUGAUACAAGUCGCUCGAAGUCCGAUGACGAAUCACCAGAGAUUCCUCAUGUCGCUAUUCCGUUGCCUCCAACUAUUUCCGCACCCAGUGUGCCAGCUCCUCCGUUGGCCCUACCCGGAGGCCCACCACUACCUCCGCCAGCUGGUCUACCUCCGCCAAUGAUGUUUCGACCUCCGCCGCUACGUCCGGGAAUUCCUCCGAACUUUGGCAUGCGCAUGCCACCUGGACCUCCGCCCGGAGGAAGACCUGGUAUGGGUGGAAUGCCGCGGAUGAACAUCCGUAUGCCACCAGGGCCUCCACCCGGAAUGCCCCCACGCAUGAUGCACAACAACAAGAACCAGCCACACAAGGAUACUAAAGGAGUGACGAUAAUCACGGCCAAACCUCAAAUUAGGAAUCUGAGUGCCGAUGUGACUCGCUUCGUUCCAUCUGCUUUGAGGGUUAAGCGCGAAGAUAAAAUGAGGCCUCAAGCCAAGAUUAAGCAAUACACACAGGAGCCAAAGCCAAUUUCAGAGAUUAACAAAGGUGCCACCAAGGACGAUGCUUAUAUGCAAUUUAUGAACGAAAUGCAAGGACUCUUGUAGUCUUUUGUGUUUUGUUUUCUUUCUUUUUGUUUGUGAAUAGAAGUUAGGAGAACUCAUGAAAGUAUAGAAUAUAAAAUAUAAUAUAAACGAAAUAACG